GGAAUCAAACCAAAGCAGUUUUCUAGUUCUUUGAAAACUAAAAAGAGUACUUCAAUGGCUACUAAUUCAAGGGUUUUAUACGUGCUUCUUCUUCUUUCAUGCAUUGUUUUUGCAUUGCUUGGGGGGAGUUGUGGAGAUAAUGUGGAGAAUAACAAUGACGAUGAUGAUUGUUCUUCCCGGAGUUGGCGUGGUUGUGGUAGUUUCUACGGAAAAGGUGCUAAAAGAUAUGGCGGUGGAGGUGGAGGAGGAGGUGGCGGUGGAGGAGGUGGUGGUGAAGGAGGUGAUGGGUAUGGUCAUGGAGAAGGAUAUGGUGCUGGAGCUGGUAUGAGUGGCUAUGGUGGUGUUGGAGGAGGUGGAGGAGGAGGCGGAGGAGAAGGUGGUGGCAGUGGUGCAAAUGGGGGUUCUGGUCAUGGAAGUGGAUCCGGUGCUGGUGCUGGUGUUGGUGGAGCACCUGGUGGAGUAGGAGGAGGUGGAGGAGGUGGUGGCGGAGAAGGAGGUGGUUCAAGUGGAGGAUCAGGUCAUGGGAGUGGUUCUGGAGCUGGUGCUGGUGUCGGUGGAGCAUCUGGUGGAGUAGGAGGAGGUGGGGGAGGUGGUGGCGGAGAAGGGGGUGGUGCCAAUGGAGGAUCCGGUCAUGGAAGUGGUUCUGGAGCUGGUGCUGGAGUUGGUGGAUCAUCUGGGGGAGCUGGAGGAGGUGGAGGAGGCGGUGGCGGAGAAGGCGGUGGUGCCAAUGGAGGAUCCGGUCAUGGAAGUGGUUCUGGAGCUGGUGCUGGAGUUGGUGGAUCAUCUGGGGGAGCUGGAGGAGGUGGAGGAGGCGGUGGCGGAGAAGGCGGUGGUGCCAAUGGAGGUUCAGGUCAUGGAAGUGGGGCUGGUGCUGGUGCUGGAGUUGGAGGAGCAGCUGGUGGAGUAGGAGGAGGGGGAGGAGGUGGUGGUGGAGAAGGGGGUGGUUCCAAUGGAGGAUCAGGUCAUGGAAGCGGAUCCGGUGCUGGUGGUGGAGUUACAGGAGCAGCAGGUGGAGGAGGAGGAGGAGGUGGUGGUGGUGGAGGUGGUAGCGGUGAUAGUAAAUCUGGUGGUGGAUAUGGUCAUGGUAGUGGUUUCGGUGUUGGAAUUGGCUUUGGAAAUAGUGGAGGAGGUGGUGGCAGCGGUGAAGGAGGUGGAGGUGGAGGAGGUGGUGGAAAUGGAUCAGGUUACGGAAGUGGUAGUGGUUAUGGUUCUGGUACGGGCAAAGGUAGUGGUAGUGGAGGCGGUGGUGGUGGAGGAGGUGGAGGUGGUGGUGGAGGUAGUGGCGGAGGCAGCGGAAGUGGAAGUGGAAGAGGAGAAGGAUAUGGAAUGGGAGGAGGAGCCGGAACUGGCAAUGGAGGAGGAGGAGGAGUGGGUUUUGGAAUGGGCAUUGGCUUUGGUAUAGGCAUUGGAGGAGGAAGUGGUGGUGGUACCACUUACCAAACCAAUCUCACCGGUGAUAAAAAUUCUCCCUAAACAAGAUCAGCGGUCUCACUCCCUAAAUUACCGAAGUUUAAUGUCUCGAUUCCGCAAAUACCGAUCAAGAACCGGAAUUUCAGAGUCGAAGAACCGAGUUUUCGGUUGGAUGGUUUUGCUGAAGAUUUUGAUCUUUCGCUGUUAGAGAGACAAAGGCAGAAGAAGAGAGGGUGCGAUGAUCAGGUUUUGCAAAGGUCGCGGCUCAUGGCGGUUCUUGAAGAAGUUAUAGAUAGAGUAGAGAUGCACAAGAACAUUGGAGAGCAACGCAAUAACUGGAACUCUCUCUUGCUCAAUUCCGUCAACAUGAUUACUCUCAGUGCCGCUUUGAUGGCCGGAAUAGCUUCUAUGAACGCCAGUGGAUUAGAUUCCGUUUCCGCGUCACAGCUUGUGGAGGAGCAGAGGAACGCGACGAGGUUGUUCAAGCAGCUUAGAAACAGAAUCGAGAUGGUUCUGUGGGAGAAAAUCGAAGAUGGAUUCAGUGAAGCAGACGUGAAAGAAGCUAUAAAGAGAGUGCUCUGUUUAGACAAAGCUUACCCACUUCCUCUAGUCGGCACCAUGCUCGAGAAGUUCCCUCAAGAAUUCAAGCCAGCGACUUGGUGGCCCGAAACAAAACCCGAGUUCACUAAUUCCAGAACCGAUGCUAACGGGUGGAACUCGGAGCUAGAGAUGGAGAUGAAAGAGGUGGUUGAGGUUAUUAAGAGUAGAGAUGCAGAGGAGUACGAGAAAUUAGGUAACGUGGCCUUGAAGUUAAACAGGGUUUUGGCAAUCUCUGGACCGGUGUUAACCGGAAUCGCUGCUGUAAGUUCCGGUUUUAUAGGGCACGGUUCAGGUUUAGCUGGAGUAGUAGCAACAACGUGUGCUUCAUUGGCUGCCGUAGUGAACACGUUAGAGCACGGAGGUCAAGUAGGGAUGGUGUUUGAGAUGUAUAGAAACUCCGCCGGAUUCUUCUCUCUUUUGGAAGAUACGAUCAAAACAGAGAGAAGAGAGAAUGGGCAAGUUUUUGAGACAAAAGUAGCGUUGAAACUCGGGAGAAGCUUGUCUGAAUUGAGAGAUCUCGCCAGAAGAUCUAGCUUGUCUAGGUUACAAGGAUCAGCCAUAGAUGAAUGCGCAAGCAAGCUCUUUUAAUUAGUCUACAGACAAAUUGAUAUUCAUUGAUUCGUUUUGUGUAUAGAGAAACUGAUAGAUGAUUUUUUGAAUUUCUGUACAAACCUGAAUUGCACAUUAGUUUUGGUUACUUAUCUUUUAAUAUAUACACUUUUACUCUCCCUGUAAUAACCUAGUGCAAAUCAU